AUGAGAUUCUCAAUUACCCUUCUCCUCGCUGCGGCCGUGGCAGUCGUCGCUCAAGACACCGUCUCUGCUCCCUCCAGUGACUGCGAACCCCACGGUGACCACUGGCACUGCGCCGACGGCGUCCCAGAACCCACUACUCCUCCCACCCCCGAGCAGCUCGCCAGCUUCUCCGCUGCGGAAGCCGCCGAGGACUCGACUCCUGCGUCUGCCAUUGCCUCCAGGACUUCUUCUGGAUCCGUCCUCGUCACUCCUUCUUCAACUCACUCCCAUGACGACGAUGAUCACGAUGAUGACGACCACGUGGCUACCGCCAGCACAUGCGAGCCCCACGGCGACCACUGGCACUGCCCCUCUGGUGUCGCAGAGCCAACCGCUCCCCCUGCUGCGGCCGUCUCUGGUACCACCACUACUUCUGGUGCCACUUCUGGCGCCGCAUCUGCCGCAUCGUCUGCCAGCCAAGCUCCCCAGCAGACUGGUAACGCUGCCUCCCACAUCGGUGCUGGCCAGGUUGUCGCUCUCAUAGGUGCUGCGGCUUACUUCCUGUAA